AUGGAAAUUCCUCAAAUAGAUAUCUCACCUUUAAUUAACGGUAAGUUUUUAUCCCUAGUUUUCAAGACAAGCAGAACAGCAGAUCUCAGCAUUCGAAAGAACUAACAAAUUUCAGAUGACAGAAAAAAACAUGGUAAACGCCUGCGAACCAUACUUUUUUAAACAGAGAUAAUUUUGUAGCUUUCAAAACGCUAAAUUUUCUACCAGAAAGAAAAAAUGGUAUUGACAUCUCCUGCAUUCUGUAUCAUCUUAUUAUAUGAUCACAUUAUUGUUCACUUAAUCCGAAUUUUUUUCUCUCGUUACUUUUGACUCUUUUGUCUCCGCCGAUAGUUACACCUGUAAUUAAGGUAAAUGCCGAAACAUCGAAAGAUAUGCUAAUUCACUUACAGCCGAAGCUGAGAGCACAUUCACAAGGAAGUGUCUAGUUUCAAAUACAUUUUUUCUUUGGAAUGAUCGAACCAAUUAAAGUGGGACCUGUUUUGUUUAUUUAAAAACAGUAGAAAGUAGGUUGAUUUACUCUUCUCGUUGAACAACCAAAUGAAAUUUGUUUCAUGUGGUUUUUUAUUGCACCAACUUGAUGAGAUGAAGUAAUGCUAGUCCCCCAGUGACAGAAAAGGAUCGUUAACACACUAGUCUAUGUACUUUGGAAAUAUAUAUUAAGGGGUUAGUGUUUUUUUCAAGCGUGGUCAGCCCUACCUUGAUCAGAGCGAAUUGCUCUGACUCAAGACUGACAAAGGUUUAUCGAACAAAACAUUUAGCUUUGAGUCUUUUAAAAUGGUAAAUUGACUUUACUUGUCAGCAGUAGAUAAAACCAAUAUCAGUUUUUUGUAUCUCCUAGACUAUUCGCAGUUUUCCUUUCCCGCAAGCUUAGAAAACGAAACAGCCGGCCCGAAAAGUGAGUAAAAUUUUUGCAGCAAGAACGAAAAAAAAACCUAAGAAUGAACUAUUCGCCCUAUGAGUUUCAGUUACAUAAAAUAUAGUGCAUAGGUGAUUUUUACUUCAUUUAUUGAUCUAAUGUAUUUAAUUUAACUUGAUUCUUUCGAGAACUUUUUCCACAAGAAUCGAAACAAGACUAGAGAAGCAGUCUGGUCAAUUGAAGAGAACGGAGAAAAACAGCGAUUUAUUACGAGUGAUGGCUGUCAUUAUUAGUUCCAAGCUAAUUCAUGAUCUUUUAUUAUUUGAUUGAAAGGGAGUAUUUAGGCCCCAAGUCGGUAUUCUAGCCCAAUUUGCCAAGUUGUUACUCAAUAGACCGCCAUAGCGUUUACAGUACUUUUCGCGCAAAGGAAAGUAUUCUAAACUGAAAGACCAUCCGAUCAAGUAUUCGGCGACCUAAACGCAAAAAUGCAUUUUGUUUUCUGACUAAAAUACUGCGAAAAAAGGUUACAGAGUGAGUUAAACAAAUACAGAACCCGCGCAUUAUACGAAUAUGAGCUGAUCCGCUAGCUGACGCACAGAAGCAAGGGAUAGAAACACCAUCUGCGUGCAAACUGAAUAAUUGUGUUGUACGUGGACAGUUUUUUGCGGGUACAUAACGCGAACGUCAUCUUUGUGUCUUACGAGAACAAUUUACUAUCUAUUUCAGGUGAGUGUGAUGAUAUAGGCCAUGUCAUCACGCAAAUCAAGAUGGCGUGUCAAGGACUCUCGUGUUUUUAUAUCAAGGGGCAUGGAAUCGAAAAGAGUUUAAUGGAAAACCUUCUGAAAUGCGCAAAUAAUUUCUUCAACUUGCCAAAGGAUGUGAAAACAAGUAUCAGCCUUAAGAAAAGCCCUGCAUAUCGCGGAUAUAUCCUACAAGGUACUCCCAGUCACUUACUUGUCCUGGGUUGGCCCCUAUACUGGCCAAGGAAUACUGUCACAGGAAUAUUAGAUAAUUCAUGAGUUUUCGUCACGGUCCUUGCAACCAACUACUCUCUCAACUGGAAAAAAAUAUUUAAGAAAAAGAUAGUAAUCCGAGAACGAGAAUAAAAUCCGAGAACAGAUAAACCCCCUCACUCCUGAUAGUGGUCAAAGUCAAAAAAAAAAAUAGUUUUCUAAAAUCUUAAGGACUAUAUGUUACAAUGCAAAAGUUCUACCAAACAGGUUUUAUUUGAUUGGUAACACCACAGGAUAUCGUCCAUAGAUUUACGAUCAAAAGUUAGAAUAACCCGAUCUAGGGGUGAAAUGGUGAAAGUGCGCGAAUUCUGAUAUUUUACAAAUUUACUAAUUAAUUAAGCGAUAAUUCCCGGCGUCUUUCAACCACUGGACUCUUACUUAUUAUUAUUUUUUUCAAGGCUCUGAAGUGACAGCAAACAGAAUCGACAACAAAGAAGGAAUUUAUUUCGGUCCAGAACCAACUGAUGACCAAGAUGUAGCGGCUAUCAGUCCAAUGAUGGGAGCCAAUCAAUUUCCUGAUGAGAAGGCGUUGCCUGGAUUCAAGGCCCUUGUAGAAACGUACAUGGAGAGAAUGUCUGUAGCGGGGUAAGUGACUUAAUCUUUGUAAAAUGUUUGAACCCAGGAUUAAUUUCAUAAGUAGGUUGAGAACGAUCGUCCGAGUGAACGUAGUCGUUUGUUUUUCAUGUAAACGGUUCGCCACGUUUUGUAAGAAAAUGUAUGAAAUGUUGGUUCCCCGAGGGUAGCUGGGGAAGGCGAGUGAUCCAAAUACCCUGGACAACUUUUGUCGAUAUUAACGGGGCCUAAGCUGGAGCGGAUUGACGACUCUGUUCUGACUCUGUUCUGAUCUGUUCUCUGCAAGAAAGAUAAAGGAUCACAUAGAGACGACGAUGAUGAGGACCCUUGCUUGUUGCAUAAAUUUCUAAUUUCAUACCAAGCAGACCUCUCACGUGCUGACCAACUCCUUGCUAUUAAUAGAUUCAAUAAAUCAAACGUUUCAUCCAAAGGAUUAAUACUUCAGUACAGACGAUUUAACGUGAUAUUCACUAAUAUAAGUGAAAUGUGAGUUAUUGAUCUUCAGCGUGUCGAAGCGACUAAGUAGUAGUUACUCUCUCCUCCUCAGAGGCCUCUUUGUGUCGUAGGAAGGCUGGGGAGAAGUAAAAAAGAAAGCGCGGGGGGCACGAUGGGAAGGAGAAAGAGAGGAAGAGAGGCCUUUCUAGCCCCUUCUUUCUUCCCAUCGUCCCCCGCGUGCUUGCUAUUUUUUAUUAUUGCUAUUUUCAGUGGGAUACUCAGCGGGAGCCUGUGCGGUGGAGAGAGAGAGUAGUUACCAUAGCUCGCUAAUAUCAUUUAUUGAAAAGUUGAUCCACGCUUACCCUCUCAACGUUACGUUCUACUUAGGCACGCUGUGAUGAAAGGUCUGGCACUUAGUCUGGAACUGAGCGAAGAUUUUUUUCACGAUAUCUUCAACCCCGCUUUUCCUCUUCUGGCCCUGUGGCACUACCCACCCGUCCCUGCAGUGUUAGACUCCUGGGGGGUGGGACCGCACACAGAUUAUGGCGUGUUGACGCUGCUGAUGCAGGAUGACGUUGGAGGACUCCAGAUUGAGACAGAGAGUGGGAAGUGGAUCGAUGUUCCUCCCAUUCCAGGUAAUUAAAGCAUACUUUGUAAUGCUUUUACAAAAUUAAACACUGAAAUUUUCAAAAAUUAAGGCCGAGCGCAUUGUGAAAGAGACUUAUCGCGCUUACAACAGCAGAGAUGAGCUAGACAGAGUUUUUCGAGUUACUUCCUAUUGUCUUCUUCCCACCAGGGUUUCUCAUACCGAUCGGGAGGCCGGGGUUUGUGCUACAGUAAAAAACCGGCUAAAAUUUGCCAGUUAGACCCCCUCUAUACAAGAACUUGACUAGCCUAAAAUUUGAAACAGGUUCCUAUUUUCUAAACUCUUUUAAAAAAUUCUGUACACUUGGGCAAGUAAGAUAAGUCAACAUUCAGGGUCCUCUUUGAAGACAAACGUGCCUUAGUCCAACUGCAAUGUAUUUGAUAUGCAGAUUUUAUGUAAAAGAAAUACGCUGAAUAUCGCUAAAUGCUCUAGUUACCUACAAGGUCUUUUUCCUUCAAAAAUAAGAACCUAUUUAAGAACCUAAAUAUAUGCGCUAGUUACAAUUUAUGUAAGAACCUAUCUAGGCUAACUUAAGAAAAUGCAGGUUCUUAGUCGCGGGUUUUUAUUGUAGUCCAUGUGAGCAUUUAGCUAUUAAAACAUUAGAGCGCUCAAGUACAGCCAGCAGUGAGAGACAGGGAGCUCUAUCAGUGGACAAAAUUAUUAGACGUGCUUGUCAUGACUGAAAUAUAUCAUCUAUGUCAUAUGUCUAAGCCAAUUCCCCGACAGAUCAAAGGGAAAUCCCACUCACUUAACUAGUACAAAAGCCCUACUUUCACAUUCAUCAUUUUGUUUCAGGAACAUUAGUUGUCAACAUCGGUGAUGUUGUGGAGGCCUGGACCAAAGGGAAGUUUCGCGCCACAAUGCACAGGGUGAAGAACUCGCCAUCGAAGCAUAGAAUCUCAGCACCAUUCUUCUUUCAGCCAAGACUCGAUUGUGAAAUCAGGCCUAUUAACGACGACACGUCCGCUGAAAGUGACACGAAUUUACCUCUAAACAAACCAUUUGCUUUUGGUGAAUAUGUGUUGAAUAAGUUUCAGAAAUCUUAUGGUAUUAGCAAAGGUAUCAGCUAAGAAGCUCUUCUCGGUUCCAUGAAGGAACCGAGUAAAAUUGGAAAGCACUGUCAAAAACGUUUUUUAGUCAUAAAUUUUUUAAGCAUCGAAAAAACAUCCAAAAUGACAAUGCAAAACGAUAUUUUUCUUCUUUCUCCUACCGAUAAUUUAGACGAUGGUUGUUGGUCAACAUUCACUUUUUCUUGUGCAUUUAUCGGGUAAAAUACUCUCACACUCCCCAAGAAAGCGCUUAUUUUUCUGAGCAAUGCGUGGGGGGUUUAAUCAUGUUUAACCAUCUUUUUCCUUCUAAAAAGGUUUUCGUGGCAAAUUAGUCUCUGAACUUUAUUUAUUUCUGCUAAGACCGCGCUAGUGAUAGUGUAAAUUUUCAAGACGAAAAUCCGGAGACAGGAUUCAACUUUUCACUUAUAUAUGAAUAUAUAAACAGCAGCUGCGAUUAUGAGCCAAAAUGUUUCAUCUAUGUUUAUCGUCUUGUGUGUUUAAAAAUAUAUAUUACAAAUAAAAAAAUGAAUAAAUGAUGAAAAUAUGCAGAGAGGAAUACAAAUGCAGAGGAUGAAACGUUGUAACCUGUAGUUACUAAAAUAUAAUCUAAAUUUGACAGUUCCUUUAUGAGGUCAUGAAAAAUAAUGGGUUCCUUUUUGCUACAUUAGAUUAGUUCGGCUUUUAUGCUUUGAGAUCGAAAAAAUAUACUUGAAUGCUAAUAUAAAUUGAAGCAGAUCGCUCCUGCUGGUCAGUUCAAAUGGCUUUUUUAAAGCAUCUGAACAUAACAAACAAAAAAACUUUUAUUCAUACAUAUUAAACUUAAAUACAGUUGCCCUGCAAAUUAGCAAAGAAACGCUGUUCAAGGCAGGGAAAAGUAUUCGUAUCGAAAAUAAUGAAAAUGAGUCAACAUAACAAUACAGAAGCUGAUAUGUAGACUUACAAAUAUUAUUUUAAUGCUUAAGAUAAAUGAUAUUGGAGGCAGAUAUGGGAAAUAAAUGUUAUAAAACUCUUGAAAUUAUACAGAAUCAGCAACAGAACAAAAUUGUAUAAAGAUUUGUUUUGCGAUUUUAGGUUAUGGGGUCUCCUGUGCGACGAAUGAGAAGCCGGAGAGUUGAAUUCAACGUUUUUACCAUCGAACUAAAACAAAAACAAAAUUCCAGAAUUCGAUCAGGCUGAUCAUCAACAGUUUUACUUUAUUCGAGAAUAUUUUUAUUCAUCUUCUGUAUUUUACAAUAAUAUAAUUUGCAAAUUAAAAUCUUCUUUUAUAUUUAGGUUGCUCACUUACACAGUUGAACCCCAAUUAAGCGGCCACUCUCGGGCCGCUCAAUAGAGGUUUGUUGUAAAUUAGCAUAAUCUUAAGUACAAACAACACUUUAUUUUGAAACAAACGCGCGACUAGGGAAGCAUUAGUGGUCCACAAUCGGUCAUCACCUUUUAACUCGGACUGUAUUUUCCUUCAUCAUAUUCUUGAAAUGCAUGAUUACUGGCCGCUUAAUGGGGGUUCGACUGUAAUAAUGGAAUAAAAUAAAUCAAAGCCUCUGUAAGCUGCAGUGGCGGGUUGGUAAUGUUACCUUCUGUUGAAGUAAUAAGCUAGAUAUUUGAAGUCAAGCCAUCUCUCAUAAGGAAUUAACAUGAUUUAGAGCGAUUUAUGAUAUAGCCUGGCAGCUGUGAAGCUAUAUUAUUUUUAGCUCUCCUCCCAACUUUCUCGACGAACUCGCACGAAAACGCUUGCUUAGCGGGCUAUAUAUAAUUAAAUAACUCAGGUACAUCUCUGACCUCGGAGCGUAUCUUGUAUAUACGAGUAGUUUUUUCACGUGACGCAGACGCAAGAAAUUUCCCAUCUUUGGAGAACGCGCAGAAAAGGACGGGAACCGAAUGGAGCUCUGAAAUCGAAGUAAAUGACAAAAAAUAUUAGAAAUGGAAGCUUUUCACAGAGACUCGGCGUAAUUAGCAGAAUCGAAGAUGGUUCCUUGUAUGUGCAGAGAAUAUAGUAGAAGUAUUGAAUUAUUCUUCUCCACCACAACGCUCUUUUUCAAUACUAACCGCCGCACAUCACCGUUGUUUCGAACCAACUUGAAUCUUAAUUGAAUUCUGGGAGAUUUGACAUAAAAGAUAAAAGAGUUAAUCUUUCAUAUUCGUUCAGAGGAGUAUUGGGAACGAUUUGGAAAUGUAAGGACCAGUUUGACUCUAACCAAGAGGCUUUCUUGGGAUUGUGAAAUAAGUAUUGGUGCUUUGACCUCCAAGUGAGUUAGUUCAACAGUUAGGGUUUGGACUGGUCUCGGGUUGAGGUUUUGCGCUUCAAAAAGUCACGUGACAAGUAUUUUGAUCCACACUGCAACACUCUAAGGCUAUACGCUGCUUUGUAUGUUGAAUUAAAAAUAUUUCACACUUAGUUGUUAAUUUUAAAAUUCUCCGUCCCCCUUACUUAGCAUUUUGAGCUUGGGCUUAACAUGGAGCUCUUCGAGGCUUGUAACCAGUAGCCUCCUUGUCUAAGUCCUUUUGCUUCGAUUGACACAAAACUCUCCAAUAUUACUCUACUCCAAAUUAUCGGUAGUUUGCGGAGUCUGGCAUAUCGAAAUGUCAACUUACAGGCAAAAAGCACUGUCUUUUAAUUAAUCUUCCUACCCACGCGGAUCUCGUUCCAAAUGUAAAUUACGUCAUACAUUUUGAAAUUAACCACCUUUCUCUAUGCUGUUCUUUUGUUAAUCAACAUUAUCGCAAUUAAUACAGAGUCUGUAUUGGCUCUUAAUUUUUUUCCACUUUACUCUGUCACUUGUUUGAAAGCAAGGCCUCACAAUCGUCUUGUUUUUCGCCAAUGAAUUUACGUAAAAUUCUUAAAAACACUUUGCCAAUUCAGCUCCUUUACUGCUUAAUAAGAAUGCUUUAUCAUCAUAAGAAAGCACUUCCUUUUCUAACAAUCAUUGUCAAUAAUCAGUCCUAUAUAUGCCGUAUAGACACUUAGCAAUGACAGUAUUCUUGGCCUCACCACGACAAGUUGAUAAUCACAUCAGUCCAUACCAUGAGCAGCUCACAGCAUCUAGUCGACGACAACAAUUCUUGCUCCAUCGACAUCUCUUUUUUUAUUUUGUCGCGUCAUAAUCCAUCCAUUUUAUACUUUUUUAUUGGUAUAGGAAACACACUGUGUUCAAUUUCAGCUGUAACGGGCAACGCAAUAAUUCUACUUGCCCUCCGCCGCUGUUCUUUACUCCAUUUUUCAUCCAAAGCUCUCUUCUUCAGCUUGGCUCUAUCUGACUUUGCCGUCGGUCUUGUUAGUCAACCGCUCUACGCUGCUUACACUUUCGCCGUAGCUUGGAAUAAUGCCAGACUCUACUGCACUGUUGGACUACCUCACACUUUGUUUACUACCUUUCUGGGUCUUGCGUCUUUCUGGACACAAAUGGUGGUGGCUCUAGACAGAUAUCUUGCUUUGAGUCUUCUAACAAGGUACCGUUCGACUGUGUCUUUCAAACGAGUGAACCUUCUUAUUAUAACAGGUUGGUUUUUCUCUGCCUCCUUAACAGCUUCUCGAUUCUUUAGUGCCACAUUUCGACGGCUAAGCGCCAACAUGAUGUUGGUGAUUUGUCUUUUGUUGUCUCUUUUCUUCUAUUUUAAGACAUACGUCAAACUUCGUAAACAGAAACUCCAAAUGGACAGUCGAUCUUCGUUUAGAAUUUCCCAUUACGGAAAAUCACUAAAGACCAUGUUCAUUGUAUUCUGCAUAUUUUGGGGUACGUAUCUGCCUUUCCUCUGCGCCUUAGCUGCUGCCACCGCGUCAGGCUUCAGUAGUUCACCCCAGCUCCUAGCCUUUGACAUCACGUCAGUUCUCGCUUUGUUGAACUCAUCUCUCAAUCCAGUGGUGUAUUGUUGGCGAAUCAAAGAAAUUAGGAGAGAGGCAAAACUAAUAAUCCGCAGGGCCUGUCCAUGUAGUUUAGCUAUCUUACAAAGAGCUCAAGGAAAUCAAGUCGUUCCGUUUGGUGGCUAUACUGCAACUUCAUAUAUUUCUCCUGUGUCGCAGAGAUUUUUUGAAGGUGCAUGGUCAUAG